ACCCGUAAGGCCAGUCAAUAUUUUACCAUUAUUGCCCGUUAACCAGCAUAAGACAGGAAAAUAACAUGCACUAAUAAUUACAAUAAAUAUAUCUCGAUGGAUCAUUUUCUCCUGAAGAAACAUCCACAAACAUUAUCAAUUUAAAGAAGUUAUAACAUAUAUGCAGAUAAGAAAAGCGGAGAGGGAGGUUCGUUUGAUCAAGGGUCAUGCAUGAUUUGAUAAAGGUGCUGCACAAUGCUAUACAGUCAUAUCGACGAAUCCGACCGAUGGUAUGCACUGAUCUGAAUAUUCAGAUCAGUGAUGAUAUACGUCAUUUGAUAUAAGGUAAUAGCUUUUAUCGUUUCGGAGCUGGUUUCGCCCGUGACCUGAACAUAUAAAGAAUUACAAUCGAAGGCAAUGGUUCACUCGGAUUCCAUCGAGAAAUGAAAUACCAACAGAACACAGCAAUGCCUGAGAUUAUUAACAACAACCUUGUUCUUGGUAGUCUGGUAGCGUGUGCUGUGGGUGUGUUGGGCAUCUCAUAUAUAUACCUUCGGAGAGAAAAACGCAAGUACACUCAGGUUGGAGUGGUGUCUAAACUCUUUAUUUAUCCAAUCAAAUCAUGCAGAGGAUUGGCGGUUUCUCAGGCUGAGUGCGUUGCUCUUGGAAUCACGAAUGAUGGAGUCAUGGAUAGAUCCUUUCUGAUCAUCUGCCCUGAAGGAAGGUUUGUGACUCAGAGACAGCAGCCAUCUAUAGCAUUGAUCUCACCCUCUGUCUCAGAAGACAAGGAGAGUUUGUUGAUCAAUGCUCCUGGUAUGACAACUCUGAAGGUCCCUCUCAAAGAUGAGAACGGACAAACUGGACAUAUCUACGAUGUCAAAUUGUGGCGUUUGAGGGUACAAGGUGAAGACUGUGGUCAGGCAGCCAGUGAUUGGCUAAGCCAGUAUCUUGGAACCCCUGGUCAUAAGUUGUUACGUCAUUCUAAGAGGUUCAAAGGAAAGGAUAUCAUCAAAGACUCUCUUUGGGGAAUCAAGGGAAGGCGAGGAGAAAGGUCAGCUUACCAGGACCUUGCUCAUGUCAACAUUCUUAGCGUUUCUUCCCUGGAUAGCCUGAAUUCAAAGUUAGAAAAACCAGUUCAGUUUAGAAACUUCAGACCGAACGUUGUUGUAGAAGGAACACCUGCGUUCUGUGAGGACAAUUGGAAAUACGUGAGAAUUGGUGAAGAUGUGUCGUUGAGGAAAACACAUCGUUGUUACAGAUGUCGUCAGACCACUGUUGACCCUGAUACAGGAAAGUUUAUGGAAAGUGGAGACCCGUUGAAGACACUCAAAUCAUACCGGAUGUCUUCCGAUGAUGAUCCAGACAAGAAGCGCUACGGUGCCUCUCCUCUGUUUGGCAUCAAUCUUGUUAUCGAAUCACGUGGUUACAUCAGGCUCGGGGACCCUGUCUAUGCAAGCUUGACCUAAAUCCGUAUUCAGUAUCUCUAAACUUUUCAAAGGCACCUGAAAUUAAUAUCGUUUCUGCAAAUUCGUAUUUUGACAUCACUUAACUGUAGAAUUGACUUCUGCUGAUUAAACUCCCAAUUAGGUCUCAUAUUUGGUGUAAUGCAUGCAUGUCUACAGAAAGCUGUCUUUACACCACAAAAAAAGGAACUGUAUGGCAACUGUUUUAGGGGUCUUUCAAGCUAGCUCCUAAUGCCGAUAUUCUUUAGUUGUUGGUAGAAAGCCACGGAAGAUUAAGGAUGCACCUGGAUGACGAGGUUAUCUAGGAGGUUGCAGAUGGAUAAUAGGGAGUUUUCGCUUUCCAACGUAGAACAAAUUCAAAGACACCAUAAGUGUAUUGGAAAUGCCCGUCACAGCUCGGAGGUCUUUGUCGAAAAUUGGUGAACCGGAACAGCAUUUUCGUCCUAAGUUUCGGAACUGACUGAACAAUUGCAAAUACAGUUGUUCUCAAAAGUUAGUGAACCACUUCACAAAAUGCACUCAUUUAUGCCGAGUGUUGAAUAUUGACCCCACACUACAAUGUUCGGCGAGCCCAGAGAAACAAACUUAAUUUAAUUAAAUAUCUAUCACAUGAUUUCACAAUCAAAUAUCUAAAACAGCACUUGAACAAUUUACACCUGGACAUUUUCUGGUGGGGUUUGAAAAUUUUCGACGAAGAAUUAUGGGUUGCUCUUUGUCAUGAAGGGCAUUUGACAAUAUAUUUUCUAUGUUCUUGAAAGCGUUAUGCGUCGCGGUGAAAACACUAUCUUCUGCCUUUUUUAGACCAUGUUUUAUGUAACCUGAUGACAAGAUACUGAUUCAUCUUCUUUUAGACCUCACUAAGUUCAGGUGAUGAAAUACUUACUUGAAUUUGUGUUUUCUUGUUUUUACCAAGUCAAUUUGAUUAGAUACUGGAACUUGUGUUUGACCAACUUCUAGUUUGCAAGAUGCCAGAACUGUGUUUGACCGAUUCGAGUUGAUGAGAUGCUAAAACUUUUCUUCUUCUAGCGACAAAGACUACUGGAACUUCUGUUUUCUUAGUGACCCCAAGUCAAUUUGACGAGAUACUAUAGAAGCUUUGUAUAAUCAUGUCGGGUUGACGAGGUACUGAAGCUUGCGUUUGACCAAUUCUAGCUGUUUGACGAGAUACUUGAACUUGUCGCGUUGUAUUUAUUCAAACAUUUUUGCUGAGAUUAUGUCGACUUGACGAUAAUCCUAUGCAUCAUUAUCACCUUCAUGGCUCAUCUCGUCAUCCCGGUUGACUUUUAAGAUUCUGUAUAAUUUGCAGGGACUGUAGUGAAAUACGUCAGUGGUCAAAUAACUCUCGAUAACCUCUAUAUAACUUCUAUAAUCUCUAUAACCCACUUAUACUACAUCAUGGUCGGAAAAUUACUUCACAAUAUUAAAACUAUUCAUUGUCAUCAAGGAUGACUUUUGACAAGAUUUAUCUUUCUUUUGACAAAAGAUUGAGUUUAACAAAUGGACUUGCUAGAAUGCUUCUGAAAUGACUAAUAUCGAUGUGUGUACCGUUUUGUGAAAGCAACGACAAAUUUAGAUUUUAUUUUGUGGCAAUAUCAGCAAUCAAGUAGAUGAAAAAUCCAUUAGGAGCUAUCAAUAAACUCAGGAGAAGCUGA